UGCAAAUGCUGGAGUGUACCGCUGCAGGUGGAAGCAAGAGAGCCUCGGAGUAAUUACCUUGACGUAUCCUACGACAUUACACUGAAGUCCCUGAUGAAGACUUGUUUUAAUGUACUAAAAUUGUCAUUAACGUUAGGUGUACUUUAAAAUACUGUGGGUCGAUUCUGUUCCCUAGGCACUUAAUGCCCCUAUCUCUCCAUACAUGCAAAUGGCUUGUUGUCUGAAGGACGAACUUCUGUGUUCAAUUUGCCUAAGUAUCUAUCAAGACCCAGUUAGUUUCGGUUGUGAGCAUUAUUUUUGCAGAAAGUGUAUCACAGAGCACUGGAGCAGGCAGGAGCACCAGGGAACACGAGAUUGCCCUGAAUGUCGGAGGACCUUUACAGAUCCGCUGCUCUCCCCAAGCCUCAAGCUCUCCAAUAUUGUUGAGAGGUACUCCGCUUUUCCAUUGGAUGCUAUCCUCAGUGCACAGAGGAGCUCUUACCCCUGCAAGGACCAUGAGAAGGUGAAGCUCUUCUGUCUCAGUGAUAAGAGUCUAGUGUGUUUCUUCUGUGACGAACCUGCCUUACACGAACAACACCAGGUGACCACCAUUGACGAGGCCUACGAGGAAAUACAGAGGGAGAUGAAGGAGCAACUGGCGACUCUACAGGAGAGUGAGAGGGGUCACACUGAGGCCUUGCAACUGCUUCAGAGACAGCUCGCUGAGACCAAGUCCUCGGCCAAGAGCCUGCGGGCUACCAUCGGUGAUGCGUUUGAGCGUUUGCACCGUUUCUUGCGGGAGAGGCAGAAGAGCAUGCUGGAGGAACUGGAGACUGACACGGCACGCACGCUCUCCGACAUCGAGCACAAGAUCCAGCGUUAUAGCCAGCAACUGCGUGAUGUCAAAGAGGGAAUCCAGAUACUGCAGGAGCGUCUCAGCGAGACUGGACGCCAUGACUUCCUGGAGGGAGUGGCUGUCACCUCUGAGAGAAUAAAAGGGAAGAUCCAUGAAACCAACCUCACCUAUGAAGAUUUUCCAACCUCAAAAUACAUGGGGCCUCUACAGUACACAAUCUGGAAGUCUCUAUUCCAGGAUAUCUCCCCAGUGCCUGCUGCUUUGACCAUGGACCCUAUCACUGCCCACCAGAGGCUCAUCUUAUCUGAUGACUGUACCAUUGUGGCGUAUGGGAACCUACACCCUCAGCCCCUGCAAGAUUCCCCCCGCCGCUUUGACGUAGAGGUGUCCGUCCUCGGGGCGGAGGGCUUCAACGGAGGGGUCCACUACUGGGAAGUGAUGGUUUCUGAGAAAACCCAGUGGAUGAUUGGGGUGGCCAAUGAGACGGUCAGCCGCAAGGGCAGCAUCCAGAUCCAGCCCAGUCGCGGCUUUUACUGUAUCGUCAUGCACGACGGCAAUCAGUACAGCGCCUGCACCGAACCCUGGACCCGCCUCAAUGUAAAGAGCAAGCUGGAAAAGGUGGGCGUAUACCUGGACUACCCCAAAGGCCUGCUGGUCUUCUACAACGCUGACGACAUGUCCUGGCUCUACACCUACCGAGAGAAGUUCUCCGCCAAGCUGUGCCCUUACUUUAGCCCCGGCCAGAGCCACGCCAACGGAAAAAACGUGCAACCAUUGCGAAUCAACACAGUUCGCCUUUAAGAAAUUACAGAUAUUACGGAAAACCAGAGUAAUUUAACCAACCUGAAUUUACUCAUCUGAUUCAGUCUUAUAAGGACCAUUCAUUUGUGGGGUUUUGAGAAAAAAAGGCCUAAAAAAACAGGGUGUUUUAAAAUGUUCUUUUCUUCCAGUCUGCAGUAAAGCUCUCGUGCUUGGCAUGCUGAUUGAUGUGACUGACCUUGGGGAUACUGGAUGGCGUACGAUACUCUAGGUCUUGUGUUUCUAAAGUGGGCACUUGCAUAUGAAAGGGAAAAGGAGACUCGGUUCUAAGAAGAAGUCACUGUGGGCCUUUUGUACAUUUUAUGUUGCUAGUCAUUUGUAAUCCCAGUGUGGGCCAGUGCUCUGGAUCUCCCAGUUACUCUGGCACACAAUGCCCAACUCACAGUCCA